AGCAACUCAGACGAUCGCGGACGCGAUUUCGAAGACGACGAGGCCACCGACGCCACGUCAAAGUUCCGUGUGCUCCCAUCCGCCAAUACUCUCUACGCGGCAACCAGCCAUGCCAGAUGCUAAAGAAAGAACGCCAAAGGCCACCGUGAUAAUUCAUACGAUGCGAAUAUGACGUGGACCGUGUUAUUGGCAGGCGAAAAGGGUUUCACUCGGGGUCGGCGGUGCCAUGGUGGAGCUGCCGCAGGAUCCGAAACGGGGUAGCUGGGCCAACCCUAUUGAGUUUGUUCUAUCCUGCAUCGGGUAUGCUGUUGGCAUCGGGAAUGUUUGGCGUUUCCCUUACCUUGUAUAUCGUAAUGGCGGCGGCGCUUUCUUACUACCUUUCAUUGCAAUAUUGAUAGUAAUGGGCUUGCCAAUAUUUUUUCUGGAACUUGCAAUUGGACAGUAUUCAGGUCUCGGUCCUACCGAAGCUUUCACACGCAUGGCGCCGGCGUUUCAAGGUACGGGCUACUGCACCCUCGUCGUUAUUUUGUGGGUGCUAGUCUAUUACAUGGUGAUCGUGGCGUGGACUAUCUUCUACAUUUUCGCCUCGUUCAUGCCGAAACUUAGCUGGGCCUACUGUGACAACGAUUUCAAUACGAACAAUUGUUACAGCGGCCUUCAACAAAUAGAGUGCCAGAAGAAGGAUCCAAACACGAUAUUCUACAACAAGACCUGCAUGGACGUCGCUGAGGUCUGCAGAAGUUUUGGUUUCAAUGAUGGCGGCAAUGUCACCUUUUGCUCCAAUGGUACCCGCACCGAACGUCUCCGAGACCUUUACACCCAGGUGCUUUCUUCCGAGGAAUAUUUCAACGACUACGUCCUGGGCUUGCGCGGAGUCAGUUGGGAAAAUUUCGGAGCCAUAAGAUGGGAGUUGGUAGGAUGUCUCAGCCUAGCCUGGAUAAUCUGCUACCUGUGCCUGAUGCGUGGUGUCCAGUCCGUCGGAAAGGUUGUCUACUUCACCGCCCUUUUCCCUUACGUCAUGCUCAUAGCGCUACUGAUACGAGGUGUCACUCUAGAGGGUGCCAAGGAGGGUGGUAUCUGGUUCAUCACUCCCCGUUGGUCAACACUGGAGAAAGCUAAUGUGUGGGCGGAUGCUGCCUCUCAAGUGUUUUAUUCUCUCGGCAUUGGAUGCGGGUCACUAAUCACGCUCUCUAGUUACAAUAAUUUCAGUCACAAUUGUCACAGAGAUGCAAUCUUCGUGACUCUUACGAAUCUGCUUACUUCGAUAUUCGCCGGUUUCGUGAUAUUCUCUAUCAUGGGAUUCCUUGCUCACGAGAUGCAGAUGCCGAUCGACAAGGUACUUCAAAGUGGCGCAGGACUGGCUUUCGUCGCAUACCCUGAAGCUGUGGUUCGGAUGCCGUUACCCAAUCUCUGGGCUGUUCUGUUCUUCUUUAUGCUAUUCAUUCUUGGAAUCGGUAGCCAAUUCGCAGGCGUGCAGGCGAUAAACACCACCAUAUUGGACCUGCGACCAGAUUUACGAAAACACGAGAGCUACGUGGUGCUCGGGAUAUGCGUCACUUGCUGGCUCCUCGCUCUGCCGAUGGUGUUCGGCGGCGGUAUUUACCUGUUCACGCUGAUGGACUGGAACACCGCUUCUUGGGCGAUACUAUUGAUCGGCAUCGCGGAGGUCGGGACGGUGGCGUGGUGUUACGGCUGCAACAAAUUCCUGCGUAACAUUGCCGAAAUGCAAAUGCGGUUCGGCCGUUUGCUCCGCGGCUAUUGGUGGCUCAGCUGGGUCGUGCUCGCGCCUAUCACCUGUCUGGGGGUGUUCGUGUAUCAAAUAUGUACGUACGAGUUCGGUUAUUAUGGCACGUACAUAUUCCCUGACUGGGCGAACGCGAUUGGAAUACUGAUCGGCCUGUCGACCAUCGCCCCGUUGCCAUUCUUUUUCAUCCAGCGGCUGUGGAAAGGACCGAGGGAUCGCAGUUUGUUCCGACCUAUGAAGACGUGGGGGCCAGCCAUGGAAAGGAAUAACGGCGAUGACACCCCAUCGACGGCGUCCAUCACGGUGGUGGGGACGUCUGGGGACCAACCGAACUUACCGGACACUUUGUAACUUGUUUCUCUUUAUGCUUCACCAUUCUAGUCAUCUCGUUUCGAAAGCUGAUCCUAAUCUAGCAAACUGACUGCUACAUUAGUCGUAUUCUGCGAGUGAUACAAUUUCUGAGGUUAAAUGAAGGAAUUAGUUUUUACGAUGGAGUAUUUUAGAAAAUUUAUUUAACACUAGAACUACCGAGCAUUUAAUACAAUAGUUAUCUAAUCCCUAUAAAAAUUGUAAUAAUAGAUUGUUUUCCGUUUCUUUGGGUAUUUGUUAUAAUAUUUAAUUGAAACUAGUUAUUUUCAAGAUCAUUUCGAAUAUUCAAUGCUUUUAAGGUAUCAAUCAUUGCUAGACAAAAAAAUCUACCGUUAAGUGGUAGUUCUAGUGUUAAUUGGAGUUUAUGGUGCUUCGAUGACAUUUAUAUAAACUUGACGUUUUUACAGAUAAAUUUACGAACAUCAAAACUAAACGCAAAUUUCCUUAGUUUGUUACUACUAAUCAUAUCGCGAUGGAUUAAAUGAUUGGUUUCAAAAUAUGAUUUAACGCUUUGCUCUAUUAUUUAUUUCUUAACUAUGAUCGAUACAAUUACUUUAUUGUUAAUGAUUUAUUAUAAAAAGAAAAAAUUAUAUUUAAUUAAAAAAUGUCUAAGGUUAUUUUAAAGGUUAACGGUUGAUAAUAUUAAAGUAAUAUUUAAUUUAUAUUUAAAAAAUAUAAAUAACACUGAUUUCUCAAAUUCAUUUUAAAAUUUUCGUUAGGAGGCUGAUAUGAUAUUAUAGGUCAAGGUAUUAUAAUUCUACGUUUUUUUCGUUUAACUUUUAUUUAAUUUUAUAUCAAUUCCUAUAUCAUCGGAUUAAUCAGUGUUUCAAUUUUUGUCUUUCUCAUUGUUUCUGUCUUCACUAAGGAAAAUUUACCAUCUAAUUUGUUUAGUUUCAUUUUGUAACCAAUUAUUUGUCUGGUUAUGGUAGGAAUUGGUACAUACAAACUUACGGUACGUUUAGUGUUAAACCUUCUGAAGGUUUAGCUCUAUUUUCACAUUCUGCAUGUUUGGUGUUUUUUGUUUCUCGUCGAAAAUUUUAAAGAAUUUAUUUGUAUCUUUUAUGUAAGAUAAUAUUUUCUACGCUCGACAGUGAUCAUUAUACUACGGAUUUUAUGUAUUUAUUGUACUUGUAAAUAUAUAAAAUAUAAUAAGAUAAAUAUUUUGAUUAAGACGUAAUAGAUAUAUUCCCUAGGAAAAAUUUUAAGGAGUAUGAGGUAAAUAAAAAUGAAAGAUGUAACGGAGUUUGUCCUUUAACCUUAUCGUUUUGAAAUUUUUAUGGGAAGUACCAUAUGUCUACUUUUACAAAAUAAAUAGAGUUGAAAAAUUUGCAUUUGGAUAAAGAUCCGUGGUUUAAUGAUGACAUGUAGAUUUUCAGUGAUAAACAUUACUGUGAUGAACGUGACGUAGAGGUAUGUGUUCUUUGUUUUUAAAUUUAUUGUAGACGGUGUAAUUAUUAAAAAAAGUCUAUAAAACACGUGUUUUUUUAU